ACGAGGGUUUUCGCAGUGGCUACGCGGCGGUUAUUGCGAUUUUUCACAUUCGCCGUCUCGCCGAUCGGUGGUUGUCGCUGUCAUCGUCGCAUUAGUCCGCUGCUGCAGUCCGUGCACAUUAUAUCAUAUUUUACCUAUUCCGUGGGACGCGAGUUCGAACUUAAGUCCGACUCUAUGUAACAUCCCUUCGUCAUCAUACACCUCCGUCAGAGCAACCCCUUAAAACGAUCCGCAUACCGAGUGACUUCCGAUAUUAUAAUAUUAGCAUACGAGUAUAUUAUUAUAUACACCGGCCCAUCGUAUGCUUACGCGUUAGACUGCGCGUUGGUCUACUUUAUAUAGGUAUAUGAACCCGUAGUGAAAACUUACAUUCGCUGCUGUCGUCUGACCGUAUAACUGCAGUCACGUGCCUCACCGUCAUACCUCGUGCAUUCCGAUCCGUGCUUCGAGUCAAAUUUCAAACCAUUUUACCGGCAUGACGUCGACGAGAACGCGCAACAACGACACUUCUUAGUCGGUGACAUAUACUUACCACAAUCAUCGCGUUCAUUUCGAUAUAAAUAUAUGCCAGAGAUCGCCAGUUGUGCUGCAAAAAAUAUCAAAAUGGCCAGCACGUCCAGCCCGAUAUCGGACUUCUUUCGUGGUCGUCAUGUACUCAUCACCGGUGGCACAGGGUUCAUGGGCAAGGUGUUGGUAGAAAAAUUGCUGCACUCGUGUCCGAACAUCGCAUGUAUAUACCUAUUAAUCAGGCCUAAACAAGGCCACGACGUCAAGUCUAGGCUUGAUCAACUACUCAACGCUGCGAUAUUUGAUUGGGUGAGGAAAAAUCAACCCGAAUCCUUAAAAAAAUUAGUGCCGAUUAAUGGUGAUGUCACUAAAUACGAACUUGGCAUCAGCUCAUUGGAUCAAAACACGUUAAUUAAUAACGUAUCUAUUGUGUUCCAUUCGGCAGCCACCGUUAAGUUCGACGAAGCGCUUAAACUUUCAGUUGCCAUGAAUUUGUUAGGUACUAAACGAUUGGUUGAGUUAAGUUACCGUAUGACCAAGUUAGAGGCCUUUGUACACGUUUCCACUGCGUAUUGUAAUUGCAACCGGCAAGAUGUUGAAGAACAUUUGUAUCCCAUUCCUGCAGACCCAGAAAAAAUUAUUCAAUGUGUCGACUGUCUUGAUGAAGAUCUUCUGGAAUCUAUAACACCAAAGAUUAUCAAAGGAUGGCCAAACACAUACACGUUCACGAAAGCAUUAGCGGAAAAGAUGUUAUUACAACUAGGCGAUGGAUUACCCAUAGUAAUCGUCAGACCAUCAAUAGUUACGGCAUCGUGGAGAGAACCGAUAUUAGGAUGGGUAGACAAUUUAAAUGGACCGACGGGCCUGUUAGCUGGCGCCGGCAAAGGGGUUCUGAGAACACUGCUAUGUCAUAAGGACUUGAUUGCUGACCUGGUCCCAGUAGAUAUAUGUAUCAACUUAUUAAUAUCGGCUGCCUGGUACACGGCCAUCAAUAGACCAAAGGGAAUAGACAUCUAUCAUUGCACGUCGGGCACAACGAAUCCAAUUUACUGGAAAGACAUCGAACGGUUAGGCCACGAGUUCAUAUUAGAGAAUCCAUUUAGUGACAUUUUGUGGUACCCGGGUGGCAGUUUCAAAAGCAACAGAGUCGUCAACUAUUUGUGUGUAGCCGCUUUUCAAAUGGCACCUGCCUACAUCAUUGAUGCGCUCGCCAAAAUUACCGGUAGACAACCGAGGUUGAUUCGAAUCCAUAAAAGGCUACAGAAAGCGGUAUCGUGUCUAGAGUUCUUCACCACGCACGAAUGGAACUUCAAGAACACAAACGUGCAGAAGCUGUUUACCGAACUUGACCCCAAUGACCAAAAGACGUUUUACUUUGAUGUAUCGCAACUGGAGUGGCGGAGCUACAUCGAGUCGUACAUAUGGGGUACCAGGCAGUUUGUGCUUAAAGACCACCCAAGCACAGUUCCCAAUGCCAAAUUGCGAUUGAGACGAAUGUACUAUCUACACCGGACUAGCCAAAUGUUGUGUGUCGUGCUGGCAAUCAGAUACAUAUUACUAGGCAACAAGUCUAUCCGGCGGUUUUGGUAUUCGGCUCUGUGUUUCCUAAUAAAAUGUAUCAGUAACGCUACUUCUUCUCUGCGUCUGCUGUAAGCCGCAGACUCGCAUUCAAUAGAAUAAUAUUAUACUUUCAUUAAUAUUUUAUACACAGCGGUGUCCGCCAUACGACAGUGCAAUGAUCGUAUAAUAUAAUGUAACACGCAUUAUACAUUUCUAUAUUAAAAUAUUACAUUAUUUAGGUAUAUUUUUAGACGAUUGCGUAUUGCUCGACGAACUUAAUUCAAUCAAUGAUAUAGGUUAUCAUUAUAAUAUAUCAUCAAGUAUAUCAACCGGCCAUAAAUAUUAUAUUAUACUAAUUUGUCUCAUUCUGAUUAUAAUUUCCCCUAUUCCGUUAUACUUUGUAAGAUAGUAAUCAGUUACAUUCUUAUUUAUUAUUUUUUCCGCGUCUCUAACAAAUCAUACUAUAUUAUUAAACCUAAGCCCAUAUGACAAGUUCAUUAUGUAUGUUUUUUUUAAUUAUUAUUAUUAUUAUUAUUAUUAUUAAUAUUCUAUACUAUAUACAUAUUAUACACCUUACGGCUUCUGCCAAUGUAAGGCCGUUUUAAAACUAAAAAUUACUUACUUGCAUUACAUAUUUAAAUGUAAUAUACAUUGAAAGACAUUAUUAUAUAAUUAAUUGUAUGUCACACUUAAUCAUCUGCUUUAGAAAUAACAAAUACUGUACCUAAUGUACCUAUAUAUACCAAAAUGAUAAUGAUCGUUGAUCGGUAGUUUGAAACUAAUUUCAAUGAUUCGUUUGAUGAGGCUAAGAAUGAUACCCCCGUUUAAUAACAUAUACCUAUCAUGAAAAUUAUUAUUUUUCCAUUGAUUUAAUAUUGUUUAAUACGUUAACUAUAGUGGUUAUUAUUGAUAGUACGUGAUAUAUUGUAAUACAAUGUUAUAUUUGUGCUUUGAAUUGCAUUGCGAUAAUAUUAAUUUAUAUUCAAUUGUUUGUACACUUUGUUAACUAUGUAUUUGAUUCCAUUGUUAGACAAUAAUUUCCAUUUUAUACGAAGAUUAUUAUAUUAUUAUUAUUAUUAUUAUUAUUAUUAUUUUAGCCAUUUCGAUAAUUAGGAUUGUAUAAUAAUACUGAUACAACGUUGUAAAAUAGUCUAAAAUGCCUACUUGGUAUCCUACAAAUAUUCUAUUCUUAAUUAAUAAAAUAAUUUACAUAUUUAUUUAUUACGCACAUAAGCACUUAUAAAGACAGAAUGUCAUUGUAAUUAAUCCACAAAGACAUUAAUAUAUAAUUGUAAUAUGACAUAAAAAGUGUAAAGAUUCACAGCAUGUUAAGUAGGUACACAUAAAUGUACCUACUCACACCAAUGAAUAAAUGAAAUGCACCGGAAAUAGGCACAAACAUAUUUUGGCUGCAUCCGAAUAAUUGGUUCCCGUACCUAAAAAUUAACAUCCGAAUUGAUUCCCGAUAUUUUCCAACAAUUAUAAAAUGUGACAUAAUAAUUUGAAAAAUUCAAAAACAAUUUUCAUUUUAUUGAUAUUUAAAAUUAAAGAAAUGGAUAAAUGUCAACAACAUGGCGUUUCUAAAUAAGUACCUUAGUAUAAAAAAUAA